GGGUAGUUCCGCUUCCGGUGUGUGGGUUGCCGUUCGUGGUAUUCAGUUAUCGCGGUUGGUGGGUCGUGACUGAGCCAAGAUGCUGCGGAAUCUGCUGGCUCUUCGUCAGAUUGCCCAGAGGACCAUAAGCACUGCUUCACGCAGGCAGCUUGAAAAUAAAGUUGCAGAGAAACAAAAACUAUUUCAGGAGGAUAAUGGGAUUCCAGUGCAUCUGAAGGGAGGGAUCGGCGAUGCCUUCCUCUACAGAGCCACCAUGAUUCUGACAGUUGGUGGAACAGCCUAUACCAUAUAUCAGCUGGCUGUGGCAUCACUUCCUAAGAAGCAGGAUUGACUUCAGUUUAUCCUCCCAGCACUCAGUUAGUUCAGUUCCAUUCAGCUCUCUGUGGACCAGUAAUCUGAUAACUGAGUUCUUCUCUGGGGAUCAAUAUUUAUUGACUUGUACUAACUGCCACCAAUAAAGCAGUCUUUACCA